GGGCCGCAGCGGGGGUAGGGGCGCGGCCCUGGGGCUGUCCCCGCAGAGUCCUCUCAGCUCAGCCCCGGCCGCAGCGCAGGGAUUUCUAGCUGAGGCUGCCGGGCCCCUCGCCGCCAGCCUCGGGUGCUUGGCGCAGCGGCUGCCCCCGGGUAUAAAGUAGCCGCAUGCGGAAGGUUAAGUCUUUGGGACUAAGCACCAUGGAUGUGCAGACCAGAAAAAUGGCGCAGUUACUGGACAAUGAUCUGUUCUUGGAAAAAGUAGGGGUAAGCGGGGGCUCCAAUGGACUUUCAGAAAGAGGUCUUCAACCCCGGCAAAAUGUUACAAUAACAGAUUUGGAGCUUGACAAUGGAUUGUUGGUUACACACGUCAACCAAACACAAGACCUGCUGAAAGUGCAAAAAAAUAAGGUUCACUCUAGCAAGAUGCAAACCACAGAAGAAUGGCUAAGGAUUCAUGGUUUAGAAUCUAUGCAAUUAACGUUAGAAGAUCUCAUAAAGAAGGGCACUUUUGUCUUGAAUGCUGAAAAUGCCACUGAACAGAUAGAGUUUACAGCAGAGACAGUUGUGAAUUUUGAAUCCAAACUGUCUGAAGUAAUGCAGCUUUAUCACCAGCGAAUUCAGUGGCUUUUGGAGGAUAGCAGACGGGUGUUUGGCCUUAUAAAAGGAACCAGAGUUGGACUCCUUGUUGACGUAUCUGAUAUAAGUUGUGGACCCAGAUUACUUGAUUUCCAGAAAAACCUUUUGUGCUUAAUAGACGAGCAACUGUGUUAUAAGAAGCAAUUAUAUUUCCUUUCAUUUGGGACUGAGAUUUCAUUUCCAUGGGAGAAUCCAACAAAUGUCAAUGUACAUGUCCUACACAAAGCAAGGCAGUGGGUACAGGAGCUGAAGCCCAGUGGAGGCUGCAAUUUGCUGAAGGGUCUGAAGAAGGUCCUUACAAAGACAGAACUGAAUUCUUUGGUUCUUGUUGUAGGAUGCUGUCCUGAUCAGUCUUCAGAAAUAUUGUCAGACUACAUUCAGCAAUGUACACUGGGAAGAAAGCUGCUCAUUCAUGCAGUUACAUACGAGUGUAGCAAUCAUGUUCCUCCAGCUAUUUUAAAGAACAUGACAGAAGUAGUGGGAGGCCGUUAUCACUGCUACUCGUCUAACUGUGAGAAUUAUGAUAGUAGUGAUAUCCGUCUGUUGCUACUUGAGUCCCAGAAAGCUAAGGCCCUGCUGAGCAGCAUCAAACAGAUUUUUCCAGGAAGGACUCGCGACUUGCUUGUUACUAGCAUGCAGGAUAUUUCUACAGAUUUUGCAAAGGUUGUGCCUGCUAGCUUCCUUCCAAAGCAUGAAAGUCCCCUUGUUAUACAAGUGCCCACCUUCCUGGCUAAAACCUCAGCUAGCUGGUUGAAGACAAAUGGACUGAAAGCCAAGAAGUUGAGCCUUUAUCAAGUUUUGGCUCCAAAUGCGUUCUCACCAGUGAAAGAAUUUGUGCCUAUUCUUCAGAAAACAGUGUCAUCAACACUGCAUGAGAGAGCAAUGAUGCAGUUUGAAUGGCAUGAUGGAACUGUGAAAAAUGUUCAUGUGGACCCACCAAUAUUAUACCACUAUCAGAAACAGCUUGGUAGAAUGGUGAGAAUAUAUGAAAAACGAAUUGACUGGCUUUCAGUUGGCAGCAAAAGAAUAUGGGGAACUAUAUGUGAAAGGAGAGUUGUUAUACUGGUUGAUAUGUCAGUAAUAAAUUCCUUGUACAUCAUCUACAUCCAACAUUCCUUGCGACUUUUGCUUGAAGAACAAAUGUCAAACAAGGACUGUUUCAAUAUUAUUGCCUUCGGAAGUGAUAUUACGGCUUGGAAACCAGAAAUGGUUCCUUCAGUUCCAGAUAACUUGCAAAGUGCCUGGAGAUGGAUAUUGAGCCUACAGUGCAAAGGCAGUAGGAAUUUUAUGAGUGCUCUCAGAAGAGCAACAGAAGUAGACUUCAAAGAUAAAGACGAACAUGGAUCUCAAGGCAUUUAUGUGCUUACCACUGGAGUUCCUGACCAGGAGAUGCAUGCUGUGAGUGCUUAUGUGGCUGAAGUCUGUGGUGGUUGUGAUCUGCAGCUUCAUGUCUGUCUAUUCAAUAUAACAGGGGACUUGGACCCCAGCAGCAUUAUUCCAGCCCGCUAUGCGAGUCCAAACGAAACUGCUAGCAUUUUUAAAGAAAUAGUAUGUGCUGCUAAUGGAAGGUUUCACUGGUUUGGAGAAACAGGCAUUUAUGAAAGUGAUGAUAUCAGCAUUAUUGUAUCUGAAAUGGAAAAAGCAGUCAACUACUCCCAAAAGUGUGCCUUAUUGGUGGAAUCCUUAAAGCAGUGUUCAGGAAGUAAGUUCCCUAAUCAGUUUAUCCCAGAAGAAGACUUAAAGAUGCUCUUGAAAAAGGAGAAAAGCAGACCCCAGAAAUUGCCGUCUCCUAAGGCCACAGCUGUCACACUGGCUAGAAUGAAUACUAGAGACAACUGUGAUGAAGAGAAAAACGCUACCAUAAGAGCUCUGACAUGGCGUCCAACAAGUGCAAAGGCAGAAAUUCCACCAUCUCAGCCAUUAAAAGAAUGGUCUCAAGCUGGUCAAAAGAAAAAGCAUAAAUCAAGGAAACAGCCAGAGAUCGCUAUCUCAGCGUUUUAUAUUGACAAAGGAAAAAAUGUGGGUACAGUUUACAGAAAGUAUCCCAAGACAAAGGCUGUGAGGAGAUCUGUUCCUUUUGCUGCGUUGCCAAAGGAAGAGGAAAUGUGUUCAAGCAAAGAGUGGUUGAGCAAGCAUGGUCUGAAAAAACUAAAGUUGGAGCUGCCCAGAAUUAUGUUUGGUCCUGAGUGUUUACACCAGAAGAAAAUGGUGGAAUCUUUGCACAAGAAAGUAUCAGCAAAAUACUGUACCAUCUUCCCUAGUGUAGAAAUCAAGGGUACUGUGAAACACCUGCAGCUUCAACCUAAGGAACUGGAAGAGUAUGUUGAACAACUAGAGAGGGUGCUAUGGCGGUAUGUACAAAGAAUACAGUGGCUUCUUUCAGGAAGCCGGAGAUUAUUUGGCACCAUUUUGGAGACAAAAGUCUGCAUUUUGAUUGAUACAUCUGGUUCCAUGGAUCCUUAUUUACAACAAGUCACUAAAGAGCUUACCUCUCUCAUCUGGGAACAGCUAAGAAAGAAAGAUGCCAGGUUUAACCUGCUGAGAUUUGCAGAAGAUACAGAGGCUUGGCAGGAGUGCCUUGUAGAGGCAACAGAUGAAACUUGUCACGAUGCUGUCCAGUGGGUGUCCAAAUUUCAAGCUCAUGGUAAUACAUGUAUCCUUAAGGCCUUACAGAAAGCUUUCAGUUUUCAAGAUGUAGAAGCACUGUAUGUUCUGACUGAUGGCAAACCAGAUACCAGUUGCAGUCUCAUUCUAAAAGAGACUGAAAAGCUUAGGAAGAAACAAGCUAUCAAAAUCCACACAAUUUCUUUUAACUGUGCAGACAGGGGAGCUAAUGAAUUUCUGAAAAAACUAGCCUUGCAUGCAGGCGGUCGCUACCAUCGUUGCAUUGGAGAUGUGGAUGGGCAGUUAGCAGCACACCGGAUGUUGACAGAAGGGUUUGAUGAUGAAGAUGAUCCAGUAUUUCCUUUCUUUGAAGGAGAUGAUUUAAAGAAACUUGCUCAAGAAGUAGCAAAAGCCAGAAGUUUUUUAAUACAGGCAAAAUCCUUUAGAUUGCUAUUAGAAAAAUGGAAAUUAGAUCAAAAGGACAAGUCCCUUUAAGAAAAAAUACUGAGGGACAGAUCCAAUAUGGUGCACUAUAAGAAUCACUGUACUACAAGGAGUGUUUGUGCUGAUGCUGAUCAAAAUGGUGUCACUAAGAAUAUUGGGAGAUGGUGUUGGGUAUUGAUUCCAUCUAUGAUCCAACAAAAGGGAAACUUACCUGAUUCUGAGGUCGUUUUGGUACAACAGCAUUUGAAAGGUGUCUUGCAUCUAUUGGGUUUUGUUGUUUGGGCUGUAAGUCCUUGAAGUACUAUCUUAACCAAGGAUUUAAACAUGGACAAUUAUGGUGUACCUUAUGUGAACAUCUCUACGAAUACUAACCUCAUUGUGGAGUGCAAAGUAACCCAGAUACCAGAUCUUGAGAAUUUGCACAUGCAAUUAUGAAUGCCAAGCAAUGGUAAGAACUAAACAGUUAUGUUUCCGCAGGAUUGCACUGGACACAGUAUUUGCACUUUCAAUCUUACCCCCACAGCCUAUGGCAUCAUUGUUUGCUGAGACGAGGUACACACCUUUGCACAAAAAAAGUGUCUAUUUUUAAAUUUCCGGGUAUUAUGCCAUCACUUGCAGGUCCUUGUUAUCAGCACUUUAAUUGGCGUGUAGCUGUACACGUCUUUGUAGGUGAUGAAAUUAAUAUCUUUGUGCAAUAUGGAUCUGUCUUGUACUUAUCUUUCACUACAGAUAAUAAUAGCUACACUAUGCAGUGUAUGGGCCCUGAUGCAAUUACAGCUCCUUUGCACUUUAACUGCACAAAUCCAGCUAUAGCUUCUACAAAUAAGACAUGGAUUAAUCAGACAUAUGGACACUACAAUCAAGAUGAGGAGAACAUCACUUGGGAGUAUGGGAUCAGCCAUCAUCAAAAUCAGAUUGAACUCAGGGUUGUUGAAAGGCUAUUGGAAUGUUGGGUCUUAGAGAGAUAUUUUUGUUAAAUGUGAUCUCUGUCCCACA